GAAAGUAGCGCUCAGGCCAAUCAGCGGAGACUUUGCUUGCCCGGACGGCCGUUUAUUGGCUGAUUAUGCAGAGCCCGUUCUGUUGUCCAUAUUGGCUAUUGUCGCUGUCAGUCAGGGCCAUGGGUCGAAUCUUGCCCCACUCUUUGUCUGUGUAAGCUCUUGUCGUCUGGGAGAGUGGCGGAGGCGCUGCUGUAGAUUGGUCCCUGGGAGAAACCUCUGGUCCGUUCCUAUUGGGCCCGUCCGCCGGCGGGCAUCGCUGAUUGGUAGGGCCGAGCAAUCUGGGUCCUAGUUGGCAGAGCUCUCCCCGGAUGGAAGCUCCAGCCGCGGAAUGAUGGAGGCGGCAGCGAAGAUGGGCCGGGCAGGGACCAUGGCGGUGGCGGCAGAAGUGGCAGGGGCGGGGCGCCUGGCGAUAGAGGAGGCUGUGGUCUACAGGGGGCUGUAGGUGGAGGCAUGGCUCAGGCCAGCAGCGGGAACGGCAGCGAGGAGGCCUGGGGGGCACUUCGCGUGCCGCAACAGCAGCUUCGAGAGCUCUGCCCAGGAGUGAACAACCAGCCCUACCUCUGUGAGAGGCACUGCUGCGGGGAGACGGGCUGCUGCACCUACUACUAUGAGCUCUGGUGGUUCUGGCUGCUCUGGACUGUCCUCAUCCUCUUUAGCUGCUGUUGCGCCUUCCGUCACCGGCGAGCUAAACUCCGGCUGCAGCAACAGCAGCGCCAGCGGGAGAUCAACCUGUUGGCCUACCACGGGGCAUGCCAUGGGGCUGGCCCUGGCCCUACCGGUUCACUGCUUGACCUUCGCCUCCUCAGCGCCUUCAAACCCCCAGCCUAUGAGGAUGUGGUUCACCGGCCCGGCACACCGCCGCCUCCUUACACCGCAGCCUCAGGCUGCCCCUUGACUGCUUCCAGUGACCGCACCGGCCGCUCCUCUGCUUCUAGCUGCCCUGCCCACUGCGAGGGAACAAAUGUGGAAGGUGUUGCCUCCCACCGGAGUGCGCCCCCUCAUCAGGAGAGUGAGCCUGGGGCAGGGCUGAGCCCUGCCCUCACACCCCCUUCUUGCCGCUAUCGCCGCCUGACUGGUGACUCAGGUAUUGAGCUCUGCCCUUGUCCUGACUCUGGCGAUGGCGAGCCAGUCAAGGAGGCUAGGGCUAGUGCCACCCCACCAGAUCUGGAGGACCCUUGUGUGCUGCCCCUCGAUCCUGUACCCCAGGUCUCUCCUGUGGGGCUAGUUUCCAGUGAAGGGGACCUCCCAUAAACAGUUUUGGGAGGGUGGCUGGAUUCCUUGCCCACCAGAAACAGCCCGGGGCCCCAUAUCCUCGAGUUCUCCUUGGCCUCUCCCUGCCGCCUUGAAUCUGCCUGAAAGGGGUGGAGUCCUGAGGAGAGCGGCGGUGUUUGGGGGACUGUGCUAGCUGUACCCCCAAAAACAUACACAGGAGCCUUUGAUCUCAUUAAAGAGAUGUGAACCAGCUGCUUGUGAA